GGCGUUGCUAGGAUACGGCAAAUUGAGCUCAGAGGAAGUUGGACUGCGUUUGAACCGAGUUUAGAGUUAGCUAGAUCCAUAAAACCGUGUUAAGUCCGCAGUCUGAGCCCACUUUCUGUUAACAUGGAGAUUGUCCAUGUGUACUCCAGGCCCCGUGCUGAGUUCGGCCGUCAGUGUCUCUUCUCCGACCGGCCUGCUGAGCUCCUGGUGGACAUUCCUCCGGAUCCGAGCCUGGCUCUGCUCUAUAUCCAGAAAACCCCCCGGGACCAGGCCCUGCAGGCUCGCUGGGAGAUGUCCGAGCACCAGGUGAACACGGAGCGCUUCGAGUCAGAGAGCCGUGGGAUUAACCACGUGGAGGGGGGGUGGCCCAAAGACAUCAACCCCCAGGAGAUGGAGCAGACCAUCCGCUUCAGGAAGAAGGUGGAGAAGGACGAAGGCUACAUCACCAGCGUGGUCCAGCUAGGACAGGUCAUGGAGCACUGCAUCCGCCAGAACAACGCCAUCGACAUUUACCAGGAGUACUUUGAAGAGGAGGAGGAAGAGGAGGAGAACCAGGAGCCGCCAUCCGCCAAGACCAUCAACGUGUUCAGAGAUCCUAACGAGCUGAGCAGAACCGUCACCGGGCUCUCGUGGCAUCCGGACGGCGGCAGGAAGUUGGCAGCUGCCUACUCCUGCCUGGAGUUCCAGAAAGCGUCCAGAGAGCUGAGCCUGGACUCGUACAUCUGGGACAUCGAGAACCCAAACAAACCAGAGACGACCCUGAGACCGCCCUCGGCCCUGGUCUGUGUAGACUACAACCCUAAAGACCCCCACACCCUGCUGGGCGGGGCUUAUAACGGACAGAUCGUGUUCUGGGACACCCGGAGAGGAAGCACACCUGUGGAGGUGUCCUCUGUGGAGACGAGUCACCGAGACCCCGCCUACAAAAUCCUCUGGAUCCAAUCAAAGACUGGGACGGACGCUUUCUCCGCCUCCACUGAUGGACAGGUGCUGUGGUGGGACGUGCGCCGGCUUAGCGAGCCCACGGACCGACUGGUUCUGGACCCGAGCAGGGAAGGGAACCUGGACCGAGCUUUAGGAGCCGUCUCCCUGGAGUUUGAGUCCACCAUGCCGACCAAGUUCAUGGUGGGGACGGAGCAGGGCGUGGUCAUCUCCUGUAACAGGAAGGCGAAGACUCCAGCAGAGAAGAUCGUUUGUACGUAUGAUGGUCAUCAUGGACCCGUCUACGCCCUCCAGAGGAACCCCUUCUUCCCCAAAAACUUCCUGACCGUGGGGGACUGGACAGCUCGAAUCUGGUCUGAGGACAUCAAGGAGUCCUCCAUCAUGUGGACCAGGUAUCAGACUUCCUACCUCUGUGACGCCUGCUGGAGUCCCGUCAGACCGUCUGUGUUUUUCACAGUGAAGAUGGACGGCUCAUUGGAUGUCUGGGACAUCCUGUUCAAACAGAACGACCCCACUCUCAGCAUCAAGGUGUGUGAUGAGCCCCUGUACAGCCUGCGUCUCCAGGACAACGGACGUCUGGUGGCGUGCGGCUCUCAGGGGGGCGGGGCCACGCUGCUAGAGGUGUGCCCAGGACUGUCGACCCUCCAGAAGAACGAGAAGAGUCUGCUGGCAGCCAUGUUCGAGCGCGAGACGAAGCGAGAGAAGAUCCUGGAGGCGCGGCAGAGAGAGAUCCGCCUGAAGGAGAGGAGCCGCUCAGAGCAGAGCCGAGAGGACGACGGGGGACGGGAGGACGGCGAGGACGGCCCCGAUCAGCUGAUCGCACGAGCUGAGGACGACUUCUACAGCCUGGUGGAGGCGGAGCAACGCAGGAGGAGGGAGCGAGAGGCCCAGAGCAACCAGAAUGGUGUCGCUGAGGAUAAAACAGGAACAUCUGACGUGUUUGAAAAUGGAACCUCACAUGAUUAGGAUUAUUGAUUAUAUUAUUAUUGAUUAUUUAUUACAGAUUUAUCCUGAUCAGUUUCAUAUUGUGAAGAUUUAUUUUUCAGCAUAGAUUUAAUAAAAGUUUCUUCAAUAAAACAACGUUGAUAUUUUUAGAAAGGUUUUUAGAACGGAAACAGGCGGACAUGUGAAAGGUUGUUGAUUGAUCUGAUCCUCAGUCUAACAUUGAUAAUCAAUAAUAUUAAUAGAAGUGAGACUGUGGUUUCUCUGGUUCUGUCUUAUUGUAAUAAACUGACAUUGUAAAUAUGAAGCUCCAUUCUUUUU